AUGCGCUCAUUCACCAAAGUCACCUCGUUCGUCGCCGCCGUCGUCGCAGCCUUGGCUGUCUUGGCUCCUUCCACCGUCCAAGCUCAGGAGGGUGUCGCUUUCUACGACAAGAGAACUUUGGCUGCCAACCCCUUCAAGGUUUCUGGAUACCAGCCUCUCAUGAUGCUGGCCGAGGGGCCUUACCCUUCUGCUGAUACCGGUCUUGAAAAGAGAGCCAUCGGGACCUGCGACCCUGGAUACAAUGUCUGCACUGCCGCUGGAGGAUACUGCUGCCAAACUGGAUCACUCUGCUCUCCUACCUCUCGUCUCUGCUGCCCCACUACAGCUCCCUAUAUCUGUGGUGGAACCGAGUGCUGCCUUUACAAGAGCUGCAACGCCGCUGGAGGCUGCGGUUGCCCUCUCACCCAAACCUCGUGCGGCGACAGCUGCUGCUCCAACGGAUGUGACAAGACCGGCCAGUUCUGUGCCUGCAAGGCCGAUACUCCCGUUGACUGUGGUGGAAUGUACUGCUGCUCCAUCGGCAUGUCGUGCAGUGCCGGAAGCAGAUGCGCCGCCACGACCACUACCUCUGGCUUUGGAAACUUCCCUACCAACAUUGGUGGAUCUCUCAGUAGUGCUGGUUCUGUCAAGCAGGCUUCUGCUCCCUUUGCCGCCGCCAUGGCUGCCGCUGCUAUCGUCUUUGGCGCAUAA